CGCACGCGUCUCUUCAUACAAACAGAGCUCACUCUGAGAUGCCGGCAGUUGCGCGGGAAACGUAGCGGCAGAUGGUCGAGUGGACGGCGCUCCGAUAUAGCACCCCACGAUAAUUUGCUGUCUCGAAAUUAUUUACGAUAUUUAACAUAAAUAAUUUUUAUUACAUGUGAACUGUGAACACAGUGAUGAUUAGAUUUAUGUGGUAAACACAUCGGUCCGACAUUAUGUUCGAUUGAAUGAUAUUUCGACGCAAUAAUCGGGAAAAAACAAGUCUGUCCAAAUGAAGAUGACAGUGAACCGUAUAAGGGUGGUGGUGCUUGGGAGUCCACGCAGUGGUAAAUCUGCUGUGGUGGUGCGUUACCUAACGAAGCGAUACAUCGGCGAGUACAGUUCGACAGGCGAUUUUCUUUAUCAACAUCGAGUGGCUUUCGACGGCGCCGUAUCCGAAGUAGAAAUACUGGACACUUCUAAUUGCGCGAUUCGCGGUUGUCUGGCUGAGCACGUACGAUGGGGAGAUGCAUUUGCGGUUGUAUACUCGGUCUGCGAGAGGCGAUCGUUCCUCGCGGCGGCUGAAUUGCUCUCGCUGCUCGAAAGAACGAGGCUCCCGGGCUGCGCGGCCGUCACCCUCUUGGGGAAUAAACGUGACCUCGAACACGCCAGGGAGGUCCAUGCAGAGGAGGGUCAGGAGUUAUCUCUUCGCUUCGGGUGCCAGUUCUAUGAGGUCUCCGCUGCGGAGUCGUGCGCGGGCGCAGCGCUCGCAUUUCAUGCGCUUCUGCGUGAGGCGCGCGCUCUCGCGCUUCUGCUACCAGCACCUCGGCGGAAGCUCGCCGCCUAUUCCGUUUCGAAGGUUAUCGGCACGAUAUUCGGGAAGAAUAGCAAGAGUGUGAGAAAGAAAAGGCCAUCACUAAGCAUUUAAACUAAGUUUAUUUAUUUAUAUUUUUGAGCCCACAGACUGUCCUUGUUAUUAGAAUUAUUGUUAAAAUUAGUAAUACAUGACAAUGUAUUGUACUAUGUAAUUGCUCGGUGCCUAUCUAAAAACUAUAUUAAUGUACAUAUAUUAAUUAAUUUCUUUAUGAGUAUUGAAUUGGCGAUUGAAUUCGCAGCCAUAUUGAUGUAUCUGUAAAUAAACCCAGUGUUUAUUGUAAAUAUUAAUGUUAUUGUGUUAUCAUACACCUCGCACUAGAGCUAAAAUGGUAAAAUGUAAAUAUAAAAUGAAUUUUAUAAUAUUUGAAAAUAGGUAUUAUGUUGUACGAUAUUACUUAUUAUAAGAACAAUAAAAAUACAUAAGUAUUAGA